AUGUCAACACACGAGAUCCUCAUCCUCGGCGGCCACCACGCUGGCCUCAAUUCCGCUCAUUACCUCCUCCGCCAUGUCGUCCCUAAACUCUCAAAGCUCAACUCAACAACUUACCGCGUCACAAUUGUGACUCCAAACAAUGAGUUCUUCUGGAACAUCGCCGCUCCCCGGCUUAUCGUCUCCGAAACUCUCAUCCCCGAAGAGAAAGUAUUCUUGCCUAUCUCUCCGGCAUUCGCCUCAUACGGUACUCAGUUCUCGCUCGUGCAUGGAAAAGCAACUGACGUUGAUGCCGCCUCGAAGACGGUCUCCAUCAGCAACGGCGAGCAGAUCAAGUACGACACUCUGGUCAUUGCGACGGGAUCCCACUAUGCCAGUCCAGUCUGGGCGUUGAAUAACUCCGACGAAGCUCUCAAGUCCGAGAUUCGCGCCCUUGUAAACGCUCUUGCGUCCGCAAAAUCCGUCCUCAUUGCAGGAGGCGGUGCAGUCGGUGUCGAGACCGCGGGUGAGAUUGGUGCGCAGUUCACCGGCAUCGAUAUCACUAUCUUCUCCGGCAGCUCGCGUCUUCUCCCAAAGCUUCUCCCAGCAAACAGCGCAUCCGCUGCCAAGCAACUCGCAAAUUACGGCGUCAAGACGGUCAAUAAUGAUGUCAAAGUCUCGUCCACUGAGAAGAAUCCAGACGGCACGACCACAGUUACGCUCUCUGACGGUGCAACUAAGACUGUGGACGUGUUUAUCGAUGCCACAGGCGCAAAGCCCAACUCCUCGUUCCUCCCACCAGCAUGGCUUACCGCUUCAAAGCACGUUAAUGCAGACAAGACGUGCCGAACGCCCUUCCCGGGUGUUUACGCCAUCGGGGACGUCGCCUCGUUCAGCAACGGCAGCGUGAUAGACGUUCAGAACUCGGUUCAGCCCUUGGGCACGAGUAUUGGUAUUGAUCUCGCGGGCAAGGAGGGAGUCUUCAAGCAGAAGGAAUUCAAGGGGCUGGGAGCCACGCAAUUCGUGCCUUGCGGUCCUAGUGGAGGUGUUGGGCAGGUAUUUGGAUGGAGAGUACCGAGCCUGGCGGUUUGGGCUGGAAAAUGUAGGACGUACCUCGUAUGGAUGGCACAGGGUGGUGUUGAUGGGGAUGCUGCGAAAAAGGCUUGA